GGAAAGGGGCGUGGUUAGCCCGGUGUUCUGGUAGAUCAGCGGGACCGCCGAGCUUCAGCUUCCGUGUGUUUUCGGGCUGGCUGUUCUUUGUCCUCCAUUAGAGCUCGGAUUCCCAGGCCCCAUCGUACGGCGCAGGCCCGAAGUAGCGCAGCCGCUCUGAGUUAGUGUUUGAGGCUAGCACCACGCCAUGGAGGACCACAACGUUCACCAGACUGAACACAUGACCACCAUCGAGGAGCACGCCGUGCAGCAGGUACAUGUGGCCACGUACACAGAUCACAGCAUGCUGAGCGCCGACGAGGACUCUCCCUCAUCCCCUGACGACGACGCCUAUGAUGACUCCGACAUCCUUCACUCAGCCGGCAAUGACGAGAUGACCGCGCACCUGGCAGCUGCAGGCCCAGUAGGCAUGGCUGCAGCUGCUGCCGUAGCAACAGGCAAGAAACGCAAGAGGCCCCACAUCUUCGAGUCCAACCCGUCCAUCCGCAAGAGACAACAGACACGCCUUCUGAGGAAACUGCGAGCCACCCUGGAUGAGUACACCACCAGAGUUGGCCAACAGGCCAUAGUUCUGUGCAUCUCUCCCUCCAAGCCCAACGCUUUGUUCAAGGUGUUUGGUGCUGCGCCGCUGGAGAAUGUGGUGAGUGGAAACAUGUCUCCCACACAGACACGCGUCUCCCACACAGACACGCGUCUCCCACACAGACACGCGUCUCCCACACAGACACGCGUCUCCCACACAGACACGCGUCUCCCACACAGACACGCGUCUCCCACACAGACACGCGUCUCCCACACAGACACGCGUCUCCCACACAGACACGCGUCUCCCACACAGACACGCGUCUCCCACACAGACACGCGUCUCCCACACAGACACGCGUCUCCCACACAGACACGCGUCUCCCACACAGACACGCGUCUCCCACACAGACACGCGUCUCACAGACACGCGUCUCCCACACAGACACGCGUCUCCCACACAGACACGCGUCUCCCACACAGACACGCGUCUCCCACACAGACACGCGUCUCCCACACAGACACGCGUCUCCCACACAGACACGCGUCUCCCACACAGACACGCGUCUCCCACACAGACACGCGUCUCCCACACAGACACGCGUCUCCCACACAGACACGCGUCUCCCACACAGACACGCGUCUCCCACACAGACACGCGUCUCCCACACAGACACGCGUCUCCCACACAGACACGCGUCUCCCACACAGACACGCGUCUCCCACACAGACACGCGUCUCCCACACAGACACGC